UAGCAAAUAUCUAACUCCAUCAUUUAAGAGUUAAAUCAUAAGAAGGGAACCACCGUAAGUGUUACCAAUGAAAUAAAACUUGUAACAAUUCUAAGGGUUGUUUGAUGUCAUGAAUCAAGCGCCACAGCAGCACCCCUCAGUCUGACACCAUGACAACCGCAGCGCGCGAACGCUGGAAUCUCUGCAGCUGCCGCGAAGCCCAGUAUGAAGACAAGAUGCCGCCAUGCGAACGCGAGACACACUUGUUCCUUUGAAAUAUUCCUCGCUCCGCACUUUUGGAAAAAGACGUCGAAGAUUCGCAAAACCACCUGUAUCUAGCCUCCGUUGGCAAUGUUACACGGGCUUUCUGUUAGCUAAACCUUAAUAUUUCUGUGGCGUAAGAACUGCGCUGGGUUGAAUACACUGAAGUAAGCCGCGCGCAUAGGAGCUAUGAAAUGCGCAUUGGAGUCAGGAAUGCUCCUCGUGGCGUUUACGCGUGAAGAACCCACUGGGGCGUUUGUGCUGUGCGUGUUAAUGCAUGUGUGGGAUAGUGAGCAAGGAAAAUAGAGGAAAAGAAAAGAGGCUUGAAUUUGCCGUACGCGUUCCACAGGCUCUCCAUGGGGAUUAUGAGGAUCUCGUGAGUACGCCAAUGAUAAUUCGUAUUCCAGACUCCUCAGCCACAUAAGAAGACCACGGAACACCCUCCUCAGAGACCCCUUGUUUGAUAACGAGGAGCGAUUAAAUAUCCACAUAGUAAAGCGCAUCAGCAUCCAUCAUGAAUCCCAUGUCACAUCUAUACUACAAAAAGAGCAGCUACUCUCCAUACCGAGACAGAAUCCCUCUACAGAUUGUCCGGGCAGAGGUAGAGCUGUCUCUAGAAGAGCGCUCGUUCCUUUCAGCUGUAGAAAAGGGCGACUAUGCAGGGGUCCAGCAUGCACUACGUGAGGCGGAGGUCUAUUACAACAUUGACGUCAACUGCGUGGAUCCGCUGGGACGCAGUGCGUUAUUAAUCGCUAUUGAGAAUGAGAACCUUGAGGUGAUGGAGCUGCUUCUGGAUCAUGGAGUGAACACUGGAGAUGCUCUUCUCUAUGCCAUUCGUAAAGAAGUGGUGGGAGCCGUAGAGUUACUGUUGUCUCACAGGAAACCCAGUGGAGAGAAACAGGUUCCAUCAUUAAUGAUGGACACCCAGUUUUCAGAGUUCACACCUGACAUCACUCCCAUCAUGCUCGCCGCCCACACAAACAACUAUGAGAUCAUCAAACUCUUGGUCCAACGCAAAGUCACCAUUCCUCGGCCGCACCAGAUACGCUGUGAUUGUGUGGAGUGUGUGUCCAGCUCUGAGGUGGACAGCUUGCGUCACUCUCGGUCCCGUCUCAACAUCUAUAAAGCACUAGCCAGCCCCUCUCUCAUUGCCCUCUCCAGUGAAGAUCCCAUCCUCACUGCCUUCAGACUGGGCUGGGAACUGAAGGAGCUCAGCAAAGUGGAGAACGAGUUUCGACAAGAGUAUGAGGAGCUUUCUCAGCAGUGUAAGCUUUUUGCUAAAGACCUGCUGGACCAGGCACGUAGUUCCCGUGAGCUGGAGACCAUUCUCAAUCACCGUGAUGACCAGAGCGAGGAGUUGGACCCGCGAGAGUGCCGAGACUUGGCCAAACUCAAGCUGGCCAUUAAAUAUCACCAGAAAGAGUUUGUGGCUCAGCCAAACUGUCAGCAGCUCUUGGCCACACAAUGGUAUGACGGUUUUCCUGGCUGGCGGCGCCGUCACUGGGCAGUUAAGCUGGUCAUGUGCUUUAUUAUCGGCCUGCUCUUCCCUGUCUUCUCAGUGGUCUACCUGCUGGCUCCAAAAAGCACGCUGGGGCUCUUCGUCAAAAAACCCUUCAUCAAAUUUAUUUGCCACACAGCUUCCUACCUCACCUUCCUCUUCCUCCUCCUCCUGGCUUCACAGCACAUAGCACGCACCAACCUACACAUGCAGGGCCCUCCACCCACUGUGGUGGAGUGGAUGAUACUACCUUGGGUGCUAGGCUUUAUAUGGGCUGAGAUUAAGGAGAUGUGGGAUGGAGGUUUUACUGUGUACGUCCAUGACUGGUGGAACCUGAUGGACUUUGCCAUGAAUUCUCUGUAUUUGGCCACAAUAUCGCUAAAGAUCGUCGCGUAUGUCAAGUAUAACAGUUCUCGUCCACGAGAGGAAUGGGAGAUGUGGCAUCCGACGCUGAUUGCUGAGGCUUUGUUUGCCAUUGCUAACAUCUUCAGCUCACUUAGGCUCAUCUCCCUCUUCACGGCCAACUCUCACCUUGGCCCGCUGCAGAUUUCUCUUGGCCGCAUGCUGCUGGAUAUCCUCAAGUUCCUCUUUAUCUACUGUCUAGUGCUGCUGGCCUUCGCCAAUGGACUCAACCAGCUUUACUUUUACUACGAGACAGAGGCGGCAGAUGAACCCAACCACUGCAAGGGGAUCCGCUGCGAGAAACAGAACAAUGCCUUCUCUACGUUAUUUGAAACACUUCAGUCUCUGUUCUGGUCGAUAUUUGGCCUGCUGAAUCUGUAUGUAACAAAUGUGAAAGCUCGGCAUGAGUUCACUGAGUUUGUUGGAGCCACUAUGUUUGGAACCUACAAUGUCAUCUCACUGGUGGUUCUCCUUAACAUGCUCAUCGCUAUGAUGAACAACUCCUACCAGCUCAUUGCUGACCAUGCUGACAUCGAGUGGAAGUUUGCUCGAACCAAGCUGUGGAUGAGUUAUUUCGAUGAGGGCGGGACACUCCCCCCACCAUUCAACGUCAUCCCAAGUCCUAAGUCAUUCUGGUACCUGUGUCGAUGGGUACACGGGCGGCUCUGCGGGUCGGAGGCUGCUCCGCCUGAAGAAGGCCCCCAUAAACAUGAGAAUCUGAAGGAGUUUACGGAAAAGCAUGCUGACAGGCUGAUACAGAAUCAGCAUUAUCAGGAGAUCAUCCGUAGUCUAGUGAAGAGAUAUGUGGCAUCCAUGAUCCGCAACGCCAAGACAAGCGAAGGGCUGACAGAGGAGAAUUUUAAGGAGCUGAAACAGGACAUUUCCAGUUUCCGCUAUGAAGUUUUGGACCUUCUCGGCAACCGAAAGCCGCCCCGACGGAACUAUUCCUCCAGCAGCGAGGCGACGCUUCGAGACGAGAUCAGCGACGAUGGCGAGGCCUGUCACCACAGCGAUGGGAGCAGCGUCGGGGCAAAAGGUGUGUCUUUCAAAACCAUCACACCUUCGGAUCCAUCGUACGGAGUCUCCGCCCUCUUUCACUCCAUAUCCGGAAUAGAGGUCGCCACAUCGACGACAGCGGCAUCGUCUGCAUACAGGGAGGGUAAACCAAAGAUCAACGGACUGAGGAAGAACCCCUCACCCUCCUCUUCCCUUUCAUCAGUGGCUCCAGCUAGACCUGCACUUUCACGAACUUGGAGGCGCUUUUCACGCUUCUCUAGUUCAAAGAAGAACUCUUUCAGACGUCUCGGGCUGCUGUUCUCACGCAUGGGCAGCCACCUUCCACAGCCUGCAGGUGUUACUGCUGCAACCUACACUAUUUCAGAUGGAUUGCUUCAACCGCCGGGGGCUUGGCAUGACUUGGGCUUCACUAGGGGCGAUGGUCCCGUCACCCGCAGCGAUACCAACCUUAAUCAGGUGGACGUGGCUGUUUUAAAUGAGGGCGACAGUGGCAUGACAACAAAUGGCCAGAGAGCUAACAGAAGGGAUGUUUUACUGACAUUAGGACCUCUAUCCCCACCCUCCUCCCUGCACUGUGCUUCCAGUUUCUCCGCCUCCAGUUCCCGCCUCCUGGACUCAAACGAGGACGUGUUCCAGGGAUUGGUCGGGCCCUGUGGUGGACCAACGCCAGACUCCUCCCACAGGCUAACGGAACAGGACGAUUCGGUGACCACACAGCUAUAGUUUUGCGAGUAUGUACUGUACAGCACUUUGAUAAUAACAAUAAUCAGUGAUUAUAUCAAUAACUAUUACCUUAACCACAACCAAUUCUUCUGUUUUUUUUUUUUUUGUUUGCUGCUGCAAUAUUUGUUUCGAUAUUUCUUUUUGAGAUUUAACCAAAUCGAAAGUCAUUUACAAGGCAGAUGGGAUGAGUAAAUGAAAUGAUGGACGACAAGAGAAUCAGAAGGGACAGAAAAGUGCUACAGUCAACAGAGCAGAUAAAUGCAAAGCAGGUUGCAUUUUUGUGUCUUGGUUACAUUACAUAAUUAAAGGGAUAGAUCACACAAAUAUGUCAUUCUGAACCUGUACGAUUUCUUUUUCCUUGUACAGAAGAUAUUUUGAAGACAAACUUUGCUUACCAGUGACUUCUAUAGUCCAUUUCCACAGUUAUUAACAUCAUAAAUCUAGCAGCGGUUUUAUAUUUUCAUCUUUUUUAUUUUACAUUUUCAUAUUCAUUUUACAUUUAUAACACUGUGUUUUCUUACCGUGGCAUUGAAUUUCAUAAAACUAGUGAACACUGCUGCGUGAGUGUUUCUAAUACUACAUCAGCCGAGGGAGUGACAGCAAAUCUGACAUUUUCUGACUAUCGUAAUAAGUUUCUCUAUAUUUUUUUUCCUCUUUUAGAAUUCAUUGAAUCACUGUUGUUGAUUUUUUUUUUUUUUUUUUUUACUAUUGCGGCGAAUGGAAAUGUAUAAAUAUUAUAUUAUUUGUAGUUUCUAUUGACCACUAUAGAUGUUGACCCAACUGUGGCGAUUUCCACUUCUAAGAACCGCAGCGUUGUGAAAAUGGAAAAAGACAUAUCUCAAAAUAUCUUCUUUUAUGUUCCACAGAAGACAGUAAGUCAUACAGAUUUGGAACGGCAUGAGGGUGAGUAAAAGUUCAUUUUCGGUUGAACUGUCAAUAAAUAAUUAAUAAUAAUAAUAAUAAUUCUCAAUACAUAUUCCAGACGUCAUUGUGUAUGAUUAAUCAAUGCAUUUUAGUCCAAAGAUAAAAAUGUUUGUCUUCGUUAAAAAAUGAGUCAGUGUCUAAAACACCUUUUCUUUUAGUUAAGUAGUAUGUGCAGGCUGCUUUAAUGCUGGUUAAAGUUCUUUUUAAAAAGGUUACAACAAUAAUAGCAAAUAAUUGAUAGGUUUGCAAACUGUUACCAUUGGGGAAGGUAAACUUGACCUUCAUGGAUAAAACCAAGUCCCAUCCCACUUUAUUUAUUACAUUUAUUUAUUUAUUUUUAUAAUGAAUAUCAAAUAUAUUAGUAAAAUAGUUCAUAAGUGCUAACCCUAAACCACAGUAGUCAACCAUUUCAUGUCAUUCAAUCGAAAACAACUCGGAAGCAUUGUCAUAUCAUAUAUUACAUUUUUAGAGAAAGUUCUUAUUGGCAAAUUUUCCUCAGUUGGAAAAAUUGUAAAAAAAUAAAAAUAUUGUAUAAAAAAUAUCAGUGAGCGGUUGGCAGGUGAAGGUUUUUCACUUUAGUGCUAUGAUAUGUACACAUCAUAGUGUGAUAUUACUCGUGUUAUGCACCCGGAGGGCUGAAGUUAUGCUAGAAUCUAACAUGACUGAAAUCUUAUUUUUGUAUUUUGAAUAGCAUGUACAAACGAUUUAAUUUCAAGACUGUUUUAGUCUAGACAGACAUUAUUUAUACAUUAUACUAUAAUAAUGUUUUUUUUUUUUUUGGACUGCUUACUUUUUACUGUAUGUGAAUAUAAAUUAGCAUUAUUAUAAUAAUCAGGUAUGGGGGAGAUAUCCAGGGACAUGCAUCGAAUAAGACAUCCCCCUGCUCUGUGAAUGCUGAGAAACCAUGUACAGCGCCUUGGAAAAAUAGUCAGACAUUUAACCAACUCUGAUAUCUUAUUGUAUUACGACAUUGAACUUGUAAUUGAAAAUAUAAGUAAAAAUUGGUGAAGGGGCACAAAUAAUAAAAAAAUGUUAGCAUAGAUAAUCAGUUUGAAAAUAUAUAAUGAUGUGGUAUUUAUAUUAAAUAUUAAUGUCUUAAAGGCACUGUGUUAACAUUUUUGAGUGUUGCUAUCAUCAAAAGGUUCCAAGAUAUUACUAUGCAGGGAUUGAAUGCAACAAAACAGUGUCACAUUUUAGGAAAUCUGUUUCAGUGCUUUUAAAUGAAACCACACAAAGGACACAAUUGCAUUGUGGGACUGUGUAAUCCAGUAACAUGACAGAAUUGGUCAAGGCCUGAUUACUUUUGGCAAGGUGCUGUAAAUGCUUAUGUAAACACUUGAAUGAAAUACAUGCUCCUCUUGUAUGAUUCUUACCACUUUCUACUUUUCCUUGGAAAUGUGUGAACAUACGAUGAAGAUAAAAAAAGGUAGUUCUGACAGCCAGAAACUGAACUCAAGGGAAUGCUGAAUAUGCAGAUUCAAUAAAGCUGAAUAACCCUGGUGACGUCUUUGAUUUCUUGCCACUUCUGAAAAAGAUAUAAAUGUGGAUAUGUGCUCUACUCUUUCCUGGCCGCAUCAUAAGAUGUACAGUAAAGUGUGUAAGGCCAGAUUUUUGGCAGUAAUAAAAAAGUACC